CUGCCAAAGGAAAAGUUGUAGAGUUAAGGGCAGCAGCAAGUAAAAGUGCAUGGAAAAGUCUGAAAAGCAGCUGAAAAAAUUGAAAAAAUUCAGUGGAAUUAAGGGCGGGGCGUCUGACGAAGCGCCCCUUACUAAUUGAUUAUCAACUAUGCCUGGCCGCAGCAAUAAGUAGAAGGUCACCAGCAGCAAAGGAUAUCGCGAAAUGAAGUUCCAGGACCCGACAUUGUGGCUGUCCAGCAUCCUUGUGGGCCUGCUAUUGACUGUCUCAGUCAGUGCAUCCGAAGAUGAAGAGCGCCUGGUGCGUGACCUCUUUCGAGGCUACAAUAAACUCAUACGACCCGUACAGAAUAUGACACAAAAAGUUGGAGUAAGAUUUGGUUUGGCGUUCGUACAGCUAAUCAAUGUCAAUGAGAAAAAUCAAAUUAUGAAAUCAAACGUUUGGUUACGUUUGGUUUGGUACGACUAUCAGCUGCAAUGGGAUGAGGCUGAUUACGGCGGCAUCGGCGUGCUCCGUCUGCCGCCCGAUAAGGUUUGGAAACCGGACAUUGUGCUCUUCAAUAAUGCCGACGGCAACUACGAGGUGCGCUAUAAGUCCAACGUGCUGAUUUAUCCCACCGGCGAGGUUCUGUGGGUUCCACCGGCCAUUUACCAGAGCUCCUGCACCAUAGAUGUCACCUACUUCCCCUUCGAUCAACAAACCUGCAUCAUGAAGUUCGGCUCAUGGACGUUCAACGGCGAUCAGGUCUCAUUAGCCCUAUACAACAAUAAGAACUUUGUGGAUCUGUCUGACUACUGGAAAUCGGGUACGUGGGACAUCAUCGAGGUGCCCGCCUACCUCAAUGUAUAUGAAGGCGACAGCAACCAUCCCACAGAGACGGACAUCACUUUCUAUAUCAUUAUACGUCGUAAGACACUCUUCUAUACGGUCAACUUGAUACUGCCAACGGUGCUGAUCUCAUUCCUUUGCGUGCUCGUCUUCUACCUGCCAGCCGAGGCCGGCGAGAAGGUCACGUUGGGCAUUAGUAUUUUGCUGUCACUGGUUGUGUUCCUGUUGCUUGUGUCGAAAAUAUUGCCGCCCACAUCGCUCGUGCUGCCGCUGAUCGCCAAGUAUCUGCUGUUCACCUUCAUCAUGAACACGGUCUCCAUUCUGGUGACGGUCAUCAUUAUCAAUUGGAACUUCCGUGGGCCGCGCACACAUCGCAUGCCCAUGUGGAUACGUUCUGUGUUUCUUCACUAUCUGCCCGCAUUUCUGUUCAUGAAGCGCCCACGAAAAACCCGCCUACGCUGGAUGAUGGAAAUGCCUGGCAUGAGCAUGCCUGCACAUCCGCAUCCCUCAUAUGGCUCGCCCGCCGAGUUGCCCAAGCAUAUCAGCGCGAUCGGAGGCAAGCAGUCCAAGAUGGAGGUCAUGGAGCUAUCGGAUCUUCACCAUCCCAAUUGCAAAAUUAAUCGUAAGGUGAACAGCGGCGCCGAGCUGGGUCUGGGCGAUGGCUGUCGACGUGAGAGUGAAUCCUCCGAUUCGAUUCUGCUCUCGCCGGAGGCCAGUAAGGCCACCGAAGCCGUGGAGUUCAUAGCCGAGCAUCUGCGAAAUGAGGAUCUCUACAUUCAGACGCGCGAGGAUUGGAAAUAUGUGGCUAUGGUCAUCGAUCGCUUGCAGCUCUAUAUUUUCUUCAUAGUAACCACGGCGGGAACCGUUGGCAUCCUGAUGGAUGCGCCACAUAUCUUCGAGUACGUGGAUCAGGAUCGUAUCAUUGAGAUCUAUCGCGGAAAGUAGACGAUGCGCCAGUGUCGAAGACUGGGCGGCGAAGUAAAAGGUUAAACAUUGCAAACGCAACAAUAAACGAAAAUGAAAAGCAGAGAAAGCAAAAAACAAAUAUUAACAAUUUAAAUGGAUUUUUAGAUUUUAAUAUUCAAAAAUAAAUAAACAAAAACAAUAAUAAAUUGAAGGCAAAAUUGCGUAGUAGAAACACGAACUAAAUUAAGCGUCUGGUUAAUGAACUGGCCAAUGCCCGGAAAUUGCGGGUUAGGUUCUGAUGUGUCACAGCAACUUAAAACAGCAUAGAAUAUUAAUUCACACACGCAAAUCAAACACAUACACAAUAAAGCAAACAGAUUAAAGAAAUUAAUAAAUUAACAAAUUAGUAAAUAACGAAAAGUCACCAAGCAACAACAUGAACUAGCGGAAUUGUGUGUAAUUUUUAAUUUUGAAUAAAUUAUGUAAUAAAAACGCAAGAAUGUUUAGCUUAAGCGCAGCAAUAAAAAACAAACAUUAGCAACGA